AUGCCUUACAAUCCAGGAGAUAUACAGGAAAAGUUGGGGCAAAACCAGGCUAAAACAAUGAACAAGUCGUGCGUUGUCAAACUGGAGAACUCAACUACCAAGAAACUGAAAGAUCAUCAGAGGAAAAGGGCACUGACAAAAAACUACCAGGAGAAGAGCAGAGAGCGACUAACAGGAGAGAAGGGUUCAGAGACAGAACUACCAGGGGAACAGGACAUUAAGAGAAGUCUACCAGGAGGUACUGAGAAGCGAACAGAACAGAAAGACCUAAUCGCAGAGAGUGGACAGAAGGGAGGCUCGACUACUUGGCUUAUGCCGGCGUUGGUGUAA